CCCACCUAUUUUUUUCAAAUCAUCAGAACGUAUUCCAAAGCGUGAACAAAAAACCAAAGAAUCAAAAUGAAAUUCUUCAUUGUAUUUUUCGCCAUCAUUGCUGUUGUAAUGGCCGCCGGUUAUGGCCAGCAAGGACAUGGCCAGGGUGGUCAUGGCCAGCAAGGAUUCGGCCAGGGCGGACAUGGCCAGCAAGGAUUCGGCCAGGGCGGACAUGGCCAGCAAGGAUUUGGCCAGGGCGGACAUGGCCAGCAAGGAUUUGGCCAGGGCGGACAUGGCCAGCAAGGAUUCGGCCAAGGUGGACAUGGUCAACAUGGGGGACAUGGUGGACGCUACUAAAUACUAACUAACGAUACAACCAAAAAUAAUAAAAACUAAUGAAAAUAAGAA